AUGGGCGUCGGUGGCGCGUGGGUGGGAGGUGGGCAGCGGCGCGCGCGGGGCUGGUGGUGGUCACGGUUGCGGCGCGCGGGGCAGAAGGUAGGCGGCGGCGCUCCGGGCGGGAGAUGGGAGGCGGCGAGGGCGUGUGCUUGGGCGACGGCAAGCACGGGGCGGGAGGUGGACCGCACGAUGGGAAGUUCGUUUCCCGGUUGGGUCGGUUGGUUCGGGGCGGGUGUAGGUGAGGUUGGUUUUCCGCCUUGGUUGGUUCGGUUAGUUCGGGGGGUUCUCGAACCCCCCGAACCCAACCCGACCGAACCCCACACCACCCACCUCCCGCACGCGCGCCGUCUCCCACCUCCCACCCGCGCGCCGCGCCCACCACCUGCCACGCGCCCCGGCUGCGGCCGCGCCCACCACUCGCCGCGCGCCCCGGCCGCCACCGCCCACUCCACCUGCCGCGCGUCCCGGCGACCGCCGCCACACCACCUGCCGCGCGCCCCCGCCGACCGCCGCCCCACCACCCGCCGCGCGCCCCGGCGGCAGCCGCCCACUCCACCUGCCGUGCACAGGGCUUCCGUCGCCCCACUACUCGCCGCGCGCCUCCGGCGACCGCCGCCCCACCACUCGUCGCGCGCCCGGCAACCGCCGCCCCCACCACUGCGCAGCGCGCAGGGCUUCCGCCGCCCCACCACCUUUCGCGCGCACGACCUCCACCGCCCUACCACCUGCCAUGCGCACAGCCCCCGCCGCCCCCACCAACUGUAG